CUGGAGUUGUAUUCGAGGAGCCAGCCAUUGCUUUUCACAUCAGCUCCCAGAGCCAUGAGCCGAAGGAGUCUCUCGUUCCAGUUUCCUCUGCUAUUGCUCCUGCUGCUGCCGCCUCCACCAGUACUGCUCACAGAUCCCGGAGUGCUCUCACCGGUCAAUCCCUGUUGUUACUAUCCAUGUCAGAACCAGGGAGUCUGUGUUCGCUUCGGCCUGGACCACUACCACUGUGACUGUACUCGCACGGGCUACUCGGGCCCCAACUGCACCAUCCCUGAGCUAUGGACCUGGCUGAGGAAUUUCCUACGGCCCAGCCCCUCCUUCACCCAUUUCCUGCUGACACAUGGGCGCUGGUUCUGGGAGUUUGUAAAUGCCUCCUUCAUCAGAGAAACACUCAUGCGCCUGAUACUCACAGUGCGGUCCAACCUUAUCCCCAGCCCUCCAACCUACAACUUAGCACAUGGCUACAUCAGCUGGGAGUCCUUCUCCAAUGUGAGCUACUAUACUCGAGUUUUGCCUUCUGUGCCCAAAGACUGCCCCACACCCAUGGGAACCAAAGGGAAGAAGCAGUUACCUGAUGCUCAGCUCCUGGCCCAACGACUGCUGCUGAGAAGGAAGUUCAUUCCUGCCCCCCAGGGGACUAACAUCAUGUUUGCCUUCUUUGCACAACACUUCACCCACCAGUUCUUCAAGACCGCUGGAAAGAUGGGUCCUGGCUUUACCAAGGCCUUGGGCCAUGGGAUAGACCUUGGCCACAUUUAUGGAGAUAAUUUAGAACGACAGUAUCGUCUGCGUCUCUUCAAGGAUGGGAAACUCAAGUACCAGGUGCUGGACGGAGAGGUUUAUCCACCAUCUGUGGAACAGACGUCUGUGCUGAUGCACUACCCACCUGGUGUCCCGCCCGAGAAGCAGAUGGCUGUGGGCCAGGAAGUGUUUGGUUUGCUACCGGGGCUGAUGGUCCUCUCCACGAUCUGGGUGCGGGAGCAUAACCGUGUGUGCGACUUGCUGAAGGAGGAGCACCCCACCUGGGAUGAUGAGCAGCUCUUCCAGACCACUCGUCUCAUCCUUAUAGGGGAAACCAUCAAAAUUAUCAUCGAGGAGUAUGUGCAGCACUUGAGUGGUUACUUCCUGCAGCUCAAGUUUGACCCGGAGCUGCUGUUCCAAGCUCAGUUCCAGUACCACAAUCGCAUUGCUGUGGAGUUCAACCAUCUCUAUCACUGGCAUCCACUCAUGCCCGACUCCUUCAAAGUGGGCUCACAAGAGUACAGCUAUGAGCAGUUUUUGUUUAACACCUCCAUGCUGAUGGACUAUGGUGUUGAGGCAUUGGUGGAUGCCUUCUCUCGACAGAGGGCUGGCCGGAUUGGUGGGGGUAGGAACUUCAACCACCACAUUCUACACGUGGCUGUGGAUGUAAUCAAGGAGUCCCGAGAGAUGCGCUUACAGCCCUUCAAUGAAUACCGAAAGAGGUUUGGCAUGAAGCCCUAUACAUCUUUCCAGCAGCUCACAGGAGAGAAAGAGAUGGCUGCUGAGUUGGAGGAGCUAUACGGUGACAUCGAUGCUUUAGAGUUCUAUCCAGGGCUGCUGCUGGAAAAGUGCCAGCCCAACUCCAUUUUUGGGGAGAGUAUGAUAGAGAUUGGGGCCCCCUUUUCCCUCAAGGGUCUCCUAGGAAAUCCCAUUUGUUCUCCAGAAUAUUGGAAGCCCAGCACAUUUGGUGGUGAUGUGGGUUUCAACCUUGUCAACACAGCAACACUGAAGAAACUGAUCUGCCUCAACACAAAGACUUGCCCGUAUGUUUCCUUCCGUGUGCCAGACUCACCAGGAGAUGAUGGGCCUGCUGUGGAGAGACCAUCCUCCGAGCUCUGAGGGGGUGGGGAUCAGCCUCCUGGAGGAAGGAGCUUUGUGUUUGCCCUUCUAGGAUGCUCUGAGGUUGAGGUAGACAAUCUUCAAUGUUUGUCUCCUGGUUUGGCAUUGUGAGAGUUGACACUGACAGAACUUUGGAUCUCGCCCCUGUCUAGAAUAUUAUAAUUUUGCCGUUCUAGGAUGCUGAAUUCUUUGUUAACCCUUAAAAAUGUUAGGAGUGUUUUUUAUCUGGCUUCCCAGAACUUGGUUCCUUGUUAGCAACCCAGAAGGUCAAAUUUCUGGUUAAUUUGGAAUGUAGACUUAAAACUUUAUAUUAUAAGGCAUGGUAUGGUCCCACACACCUUAAUCCCAGCACUUGGGAGGCAGAGACAGUUGAAACACUGUGAGUUGGAGGCCAGCCUGGUUUACAUAGUUCAAGGCCAGCCAUGGUUACAAAGUGAGACCCUGUCUUUAAACAAACAAACAAACAAAUUUAGCAUGUAUAACUCCUAAAAAAUUCCUCGAACGUCAAAAGGGGUUAUUAAUUUUCUUCCUUGAAUCUGGGGCCCCUCCAGAAUGUUGACUAUCUGAUUGGUAACUCAGAAUGUUCCUGGUCAAUGAUACAUAACAUGGGCCAGACCAGUCCAGACCUGAAUGUCUAGAAUGUAGAAUUGGUUAAUUUUCCUGUUCAGUGAAAUGGACACAGAACAAAAGAACCCAAUGUCUAACAAGGACUAUUUUGCCCACAUUUGUUUCUACCCUGAAGGGCAAGGAUGUAAGAUGUUGCUUUUGGGAGCCACAAUUAGACCCUUUCAAAAGGUGUGGAGGGAACAGUGGGAAUCCACUACAGCUCUGUUGUCAUCCAGGUCUUUGCUCAUGGCAGCUGUUUCUCAUGAAGCUAAUAAAAUUAUCUUUCCAAAAAAAA